AUGAUCUCCACCGACGCUAGUGCCCCGGCAAAGCGCAGGACGAAACCCUCGCCACCCGAGAACAAGUGGCGGACCGGCGCCCGGGAGCGAGCCUACCGCAGCCGCCUCCUCGAGGCCCUCCGCGCCGCCGGCGAGCGGCGAGCGUCCGGACCCCGCGCCGUCAAGGAGGCGGCGGACUCCGCUCUCGCCCUCACCGCCCGCGGCCAGUCCCGUUGGAGCCGCGCCGUCUUGCUCCGCCGUCGUAGCAGGCUCCUCGUCAGGGCCGGCGGCAGAAUCCGCCGCCGCAAGCGGCCGCGGAGACGGCCGGUGGGACCGACUCCCGGAACGGGGCAGCCGGAGGAGGGGAAGAAGGUGAGGGACCGGCUGCGGGCGCUCGGCCGGCUGGUGCCCGGGUGCGAGAACCUGUCGACGGCUAGCCUGCUGGAAGAGGCGGCGGACUACGUGGCGGCGCUGGAGAUGCAGGUGAAGGCCAUGCGCACUCUCGCCGAUGACCUCUCGGCGGCGGCCGCGUCGGGGAACGGCCGGAGGGCUGAGGGAUAGAACGGCGGCCUUUUGGCCCAAUGUUAAUUAAUUCGCCCAAUAAAAAAGUACAUAAAUCCUUAGAAUGUUUGGGAAUUGGUGCUAUAAAAUAUAUGAAAUAUUAGAGUUUUGUGUCA